GUCAGCCAGUUGCAGGGUUUGUUCUCCACUACGCCUCACCUCCCUCCGCCAACCUGCUAGCUAGCGCUCUGCAGGCCCAGGCCCACACACCCACACCUCUCUCCUAGGCAGAAGCAGGACGUGUCUGUAGGAAUAAAGAAGUAUGGGUGCCUACGAGUCUAACCUGGAUGAUAUCCUGGCAGAGGACAUGCACCACUGGUAUAACAAGUUCAUGAAGGAGUCACCUUCAGGACUCAUCACGUUGUUUGAGCUGAAGACCAUGCUGGAGAUGCAGGGGAUGACAGAGGAGGCUAGCAGCUAUGUGGACCAGGUCUUCUUUACCUUCGACAUGGACGGGGUAAGAAGAAACUGUAUGCAGACCCCCAUCCUCCUCUCUCUCUCUCUCUCGUCUCUUUAUUCUGUCUGUCACAGACAUGGUUCCAUCAGGAAUACAAAGACGACUGAUGAGUAAUGGCAACUGAUGGAUGAUUAAUGAAUUAUGAAUUGAUUUGAUUAAUGUACAGUGGGGGAAAAAAGUAUUUAGUCAGCCACCAAUUGUGCAAGUUCUCCCACUUAAAAAGAUGAGAGAGGCCUGUAAUUUUCAUCAUAGGUACACGUCAACUAUGACAGACAAAUUGAGAAAAAAAUUCCAGAAAAUCACAUUGUAGGAUUUUUAAUGAAUUUAUUUGCAAAUUAUGGUGGAAAAUAAGUAUUUGGUCACCUACAAACAAGCAAGAUUUCUGGCUCUCACAGACCUGUAACUUCUUCUUUAAGAGGCUCCUCUGUCCUCCACUCGUUACCUAUAUUAAUGGCACCUGUUUGAACUUGUUAUCAGUAUAAAAGACACCUGUCCACAACCUCAAACAGUCACACUCCAAACUCCACUAUGGCCAAGACCAAAGAGCUGUCAAAGGACACCAGAAACAAAAUUGUAGACCUGCACCAGGCUGGGAAGACUGAAUCUACAAUAGGUAAGCAGCUUGGUUUGAAGAAAUCAACUGUGGGAGCAAUUAUUAGGAAAUGGAAGACAUACAAGACCGCUGAUAAUCUCCCUUGAUCUGGGGCUCCACGCAAGAUCUCACCCCGUGGGGUCAAAAUGAUCACAAGAACGGUGAGCAAAAAUCCCAGAACCACACGGGGGGACCUAGUGAAUGACCUGCAGAGAGCUGGGACCAAAGUAACAAAGCCUACCAUCAGUAACACACUACGCCGCCAGGGACUCAAAUCCUGCAGUGCCAGACGUGUCCCCCUGCUUAAGCCAGUACAUGUCCAGGCCCAUCUGAAGUUUGCUAGAGUGCAUUUGGAUGAUCCAGAAGAGGAUUGGGAGAAUGUCAUAUGGUCAGAUGAAACCAAAAUAUAACUUUUUGGUAAAAACUCAACUCGUCGUGUUUGGAGGACAAAGAAUGCUGAGUUGCAUCCAAAGAACACCAUACCUACUGUGAAGCAUGGGGGUGGAAACAUCAUGCUUUGGGGCUGUUUUUCUGCAAAGGGACCAGGACGACUGAUCCGUGUAAAGGAAAGAAUGAAUGGGACCAAGUAUCGUGAGAUUUUGAGUGAAAACCUCCUUCCAUCAGCAAGGGCAUUGAAGAUGAAACGUGGCUGGGUCUUUCAGCAUGACAAUGAUCCCAAACACACCGCCCGGGCAACGAAGGAGUGGCUUCGUAAGAAGCAUUUCAAGGUCCUGGAGUGGCCUAGCCAGUCUCCAGAUCUCAACCCCAUAGAAAAUCUUUGGAGGGAGUUGAAAGUCCGUGUUGCCCAGCGACAGCCCCAAAACAUCACUGCUCUAGAGGAGAUCUGCAUGGAGGAAUGGGCCAAAAUACCAGCAACAGUGUGUGAAAACCUUGUGAAGACUUACAGAAAACGUUUGACCUGUGUCAUUACCAACAAAGGGUAUAUAACAAAGUAUUGAGAAACUUUUGUUAUUGACCAAAUACUUAUUUUCCACCAUAAUUUGCAAAUAAAUUCAUAAAAAAUCAUACAAUGUGAUUUUCUGGAUUUUCUUUCCUCAUUCUGUCUGUCAUAGUUGACGUGUACCUAUGAUGAAAAUUACAGGCCUCUCUCAUCUUUUUAAGUGGGAGAACUUGCACAAUUGGUGGCUGACAAAAUUUUUUUUUCCCCACUGUUUGAAUAUAGUGCUGUUCAAGAUGCUCACAGUAAGGGGGGGAAACUCUCCUCAUCCACCACCGCUGUGUGGCACCCACCUGCGUGAUGCAUGGUCGGUAGCCACUCGUACCAUAAUGCUCGCCACACGUCAGCGGACCACACAGGAUGCCAUCAUCCACCGUGCCCCCUUUGAACUUUCUAAGCCUAUAGCUCGGGUUGAAAUACUUUACUUACAUAACGUAUCGUUGAUGAUUUGCCUGUAAGAAACUGUUAUAAUCUCCAUAUAACUCAGCUAUGAACCCUUUGAAUGCUUUCUUAUUGUUGACAUAGACCAUCCUUGAGAGGCAACUUUAUUAGGCUAUUAUAAUUACAUUAGGUGUAGGCGUUAACCAGAAAGUUAUUGUAAGUAUCUCUUCUCUUUUUUUUUGUUGUCUAACAAUCAUAUUUCUCUCUCUCUCUUCCAGGAUGGAUAUAUAGACUUUGUAGAAUACAUAGCAGCAGUCAGUCUGAUGCUGAAAGGAGAAAUCAACCAGAAACUGAAGUGGUACUUCAAACUUUUCGAUCAGGACGGAAACGGCAAAAUUGACCAAGAUGAAAUGGGGACAAUAUUCAAGGUGGUGUUUCUGUAUUUAUUUAUUAUUCUGUCCGUUUAGUUGCUGUGAUUUUAUACAGGGAUGUUUAUCAGGCUCAGGGCCUGAAGAACAUUAUAAACUCUCUAUAUCUCCUCUGAAAAUAGACUUCAGUAGAGCAGGGAGAUUAACUGUGAAGGGUUCAGAAAGGUUUAAAUAGCCGACAACUAGACAGUACACACCAACAAAGGGUUGCUAAUCUAAUCCUAACCUAAUUCUAUCCUUCACUACUGUCUGUCGUCGAUCAAUCUGCUGCUUCGCUAGCUAGCGACACUGGCAAUUAUAUAGCACAAAAAAGAUACUGUCGAAUUUUGAGCUGGAUUUCAGUGCCUUAUUCAUCAUAUUAGAGAUGUCCUAUUUAAGUCACCACAAAGCCGCAGUCAUUAAAACUUUUCUUAUCCUGUUUAGAGGAAACGUUUACUAUAAGAGUAUUUUUUUUUAAAGGCAAAUCAGUUAAACUAAGAAAGUAUACAUAAAAAUAAAAAUACGUAACGGUUCACUGACUGUUGUGGAUUGGCUUGAUAGCCUCAAACAGUCCGAAUAGUCAAUGGACUCUUAUCUGGGGACGUAUUCUGGGCCUAGUGUUUACGCUUUACAUCUCAGAGUAGACCAAUCAGACAGAGAAGUAACCAUCGUGCUACUGACUACUCAAUAUCUUAUAGGGCAAUGGAGUCUGAGUCAUCACUAAGUAAUCACUAAGUCAUCACUGGAGUCAUCACUAAGUCAUCACUGGAGUCAUCACUAAGUCAUUUUAUGAAUGCUGCGGCAAAUGUUCCAAUUAUCUGGCCUUCCUCCCAAAGUGUGCACUUGUUCAAUUCCUUUUACUGAUUUGAAAGGAAAUGACUGGUAAAAGAAAUACGGUGGAAAGGUCCCAGUACUUGUGGGAAGCAAUGGAUGAGUGCACACUUCAGGAGAAAGGAGGUAUUAUUAUAGGCCCCAAUGUGUUGUGGGGACUCACUAAGGACAUGAUACUGUUGAAAUACUGUUGUAUACCUCAGACAUAGUAGACCUGAUUGAUUGAUAUUUGGGUAAAACUGACUUAGUGAUGACUCCAGUGAUGACUUAGUGAUGACUUAGUGAUGACUCACAGUUUUUUUUUUUUUGAAAAGUACCAAGAACCCCAGAGGAUGAUAGAACCCCAGAGGAUUAUAGAACCCCAGAGGAUGAUAGGACCCCAGAGGAUGAUAGGACCCCAGAGGAUGAUAUGACCCCAGAGGAUGAUAGAACCCCAGAGGAUGAUAGGACCCCAGAGGAUGAUAGAACCCCAGAGGGUGAUAGGACCCCAGAGGAUGAUAGAACCCCAGAGGAUGAUAGGACCCCAGAGGAUGAUAGGACCCCAGAGGAUGAUAGAACCCCAGAGGAUGAUAUAACCCCAGAGGAUGAUAGGACCCCAGAGGAUGAUAGAACCCCAGAGGAUGAUAGAACCCCAGAGGAUGAUAGAACCCCAGAGGAUGAUAGGACCCCAGAGGAUGAUAGGACCCCAGAGGAUGAUAGAACCCCAGAGGAUGAUAGAACCCCAGAGGAUGAUAGAACCCCAGAGGAUGAUAGAACCCCAGAGGAUGAUAGAACCCCAGAGGAUGACAUGAAAGCAUAAAAACCCUUAUUUCUAAUGAUAUUCUCUGUGACUUCAGCUCUUGGUUCUGUUUUGAUUACUUCAGGCUAUCCAGGACAUUACCCGAUGUUAUGACCCUCCUACGGAGGAGAUUGUGACCCUCAUCUAUGAGAAGGUUGACAUCAAUAACGAAGGUAAGAAUUAUCAACAUUUAGAGAUGUAAAUGUAUUGAAAUGGGUGAGCUUACCCGCAAUACAGAUAGGUAUUAUUGGGGGUGGAAUUUAAGUUAGCUUUUUAAUGCUUUAAUUGCUAUCCUCUGGGGAUCCAAUGAAUAUAUUGUUCUAUAUAUUUUUUUACCAAAAUAAAUUAUAUUCAACUCAAUUAAUUCUUCACACCUCCAGGUGAGUUGACUCUAGAGGAGUUUAUCGAAGGAGCCAAGGACCACCAAGACAUCAUGGAGAUGUUGGGAAAGAUGAUGGACCUCACCAACGUUCUAGAGAUCAUCGUCAACGGACAGAGAAAGCAGGUCAAAUCAUCAAAAUGAUGAUGACGUCACUUCCUGUUGCACUUCCUGUUUGAUGGACUCAGACUGUACAGAAUGCAACGCAGAAAAGGUUGUUGAGAAAGAAUACGAUUGUUUUCUUUCUUUGUCUGGGACGGAAAGCAAUUAUGGUGGAAUUUUUAAUAUAUAAUAUAUGGAGGAAAUGUAUAAAUGAACAAACGACGAACGUGAGCAUCUUGAUGAGAAGGUGGAUAUACGUGAGUGGGAGUGAGCCAUGUCCCAAAUCUCCAUUGACCAAGAAGACUGAGUUGAUUGAAGCAUAAUGGAACCCGUCUUGUCCACUCUAUGUUCUCGAUUUCUACAUCCCCAUUCCCAAAGUCCCAUCAUAGAGUUAACAACGGUGGAAACCCUCUAGACAAUGAUUACACCAAUCAAAGACUUUGAGAUCAAUGACAGGAAGUGUGAAAGUGCCCACUUUGGGAGAAGGGUAGAGAAUUGUGAUGCAACCUAUAUGUUCUCUCUAUGUGUGUAUCACCUGAGUGGAGCAGAGGAGAGAUCUCUUCCUCAUCUUCCUCCUCUUC